AUGGCGUCUUUAUUACAGAAUGGUGGCAUGCCCUCGGAGCAGCCUGGUUAUUCCUUCUCGAGCGCCUCUGCGCCGUCUCAGAGCUCGGGGACGAGACAACAUGCCUUCAACCCAUACACGGAUAACGGUGGUUCGACAUUGGGGAUUACAGGGGCGGACUUUGCCAUUCUAGCAGGCGACACCAGAUCUACAUCUGGCUACAGCAUCAACACACGAUACGCACCGAAGCUCUUCCGGAUCGGCGACGACGGCGACUCGUCGUCCCGUAUCGUCCUUUCAGUUGUGGGAUUUGCAGCAGAUGGGAAUGCCCUAAAGGAGAGACUUGACGCCAUUGUCAAAAUGUACAAGUACCAACACGGAAAACCCAUGAGCGUCAAGGCGUGCGCCCAACGGUUGUCAACCAUUCUCUACCAGAAGCGAUUCUUCCCUUAUUAUGUUCACGCCAUUCUCGGUGGCCUUGAUGAGGACGGAAAGGGAGCACUGUACAGCUAUGAUCCUGUGGGCAGUUACGAGCGGGAACAAUGCCGGGCAGCUGGAGCGGCGGCCAGCCUGAUCAUGCCUUUCUUAGACAACCAGGUCAACUACAAGAAUCAAUAUAUUGCGGGCUCGGGCUUUGGUCAUGAGUUGCAGCAGAGGCAGCCUGAGAGCUUGCCCAAGGAUGUGGUGAUUGGAUUGGUCAAGGAUGCUUUCACCAGUGCGACCGAGAGACAUAUUGAGGUGGGCGAUGGUCUGCAGAUGUUGAUCAUCACGAAGGACGGCAUUGAGGAAACUUACACGCCGUUGAAGAGAGAUUAG